GUAAACUGGCACACAGAUAGAAUUGGGAUUUGGGGACAAUGGAUUUUCCUGACGGACUUUUUGGUCAGGACGGCCUUCUUCCUGGCCCCCUGCCAGAAGAUGUUUUAGCAUGUUGUGACAUGUGUGGAGGGAAGCAUCUGACCUUGGAUUGUCAGCUGCUUCUGGAAGCUCCCAGGGUCUGUGACAGCAUCACCAGUCGGGCCCGUGUCACUCUACCGUCCAUGUUGGGUCUGCGCCUCCACCUCGACUCUACUGUGUCCGUCACAUCCACCACCCAGCUGGAGACCGGCACGUUGUUCGGACCGAUGGUGGCGCCGCGCAUCGACAGCAUUGCCAACCACCAGUUUCCGUUAAAGGUGUUUGGCACCAGCGACGGGUCAGACCAGUUUCUGGAUACCAGUGAUGAGGAUCAGUGCAACUGGAUGUGUCUGGUGUCACCAUCUUCGGAGCCACACCUGCAGAACCUGGUCUGCCUGCAGAUGGGACAGGACAUCUACUACCUGGUGCGGCGCGCCGUCCCGGCUGGCUCCGAGCUGCGAGUCUGGUACUCGCCCUUCUACGCCCAGAAGCUGCGACACACGCUGGCGGUGGGCGUGCCGGGCCAGCCGCCGCCCGACGUCACCGAGGUGGUGCUGAUACGGGAGCGGAGCCCCGGCCACCCAGCCGAGGCAGCGCCUGCUCUUCCUGCCAACACAGAGAGGCAGGGGCCGGCGGCGGCGGCCGGGCCAAGCCGGGACUGUCCCCUCUGCGAGCAGAGCCCGGCCGGCGAGGUGGCGCUAGCGGACCACCUGCUGCAGCGUCACGCCCGCCACCUGGCGGCCGAGACAUCCGAGACCAGCUGCGCCCUUUCGCCUCUGAUCUGA